CACAACUUGAUAUUAUGAUUACACAUUCAGGUCGCACACUGUUAUCUAUACAUUCUCACGAGGUGAGGUUGCUAUAAAACAUUUUUAACGUUUACAUCGUCUCCAGAGUUGAAAACCAUGGGUUCAAAGAGAAUUGGUCAAGUGUGCCGACUAAAACCAGAACAUUAUGCUGUGUACAAGGAGAUGCAUGCAAAUGUUUGGCCAGAGAUACUAAACUUACUGACAAAAGUUAAUAUAAGGAAUUACUCGAUCUACUACUGCAACAAGACACAUCUUUUGUUUUUUACUAUGGAAUACAUUGGAGAUGAUUUUGAUAAUGAUAUGGCCAUAAUGAGCAAAGAUCCUAAGUUUAAAGAAUGCCUUAUACACAUAUACACACAUUGCAAAGUGAUUCCUGUAAAGGUAAACAUGUCUAGGGAAGGAACAACACCUUCAAAGAGGCUGGGAGCCAUUAUAAAGCUGAGACCAGAACAGUAUGACAAAUACAAGGAACUCCAUGCAGCAGUAUGGCCUGAGGUGCAGGAUAGGUUAACAAAGAGCAAUGUUAGGAACUUCACAAUUUACUAUGACAAAACUACAGGGUUCAUGUUUCACCAUAUGGAAUAUAUAGGUGCUGACUUUGAUGCAGACAUGGCAGCCAUUGGAGAUGACCCUAUCACCAGGAAAUGGUGGAAGGAGUGUGAACCGUGUCAAGAGCCCCUUCAGUGGACAGGACCACCACCCUCAGAAGGUGGUAGUGGUGGUGAGGGCGGUGCAUGGUGGAAGCCAAUGGAAGAGUUGUUUCAUGAUGGACACUCAGCUGUCAAGUUUCUUUAAAACAUUCUCAUUGUGUAUGAGCUGAAGCUGAACACAUUCCUGUCAAUUUGAACUCCCAACCUUCCCAAAAAUUCGGGGCCAAAAAUUCUUUCAAAAUCA